AAUGUUCAAAUUGCUGCUACGCCUGCUUCUCCCGCAAAGUUCACAGCAACUUCUGUAGGAUUAACCACAUGCCCUCAGAUAACCAGACCUAUGUGACUGGAUUUAUUUUAGUUGGUUUUCCAGGUAAACCAGUGAUCCAGCUUCUGCUCUUUUUGAUAUUCUUCCUGGCUUACGUGCUGACAGUGACAGAAAAUGUAAUGAUUGUUGUGCUUGUCUGGACAAAUAUCCAGCUUCACAAGCCAAUGUAUGUUUUUCUGGGCAACCUUUCUUUUCUGGAGAUCUGGUAUGUCUCUGUCACAGUGCCCAAGGUGCUUGUGAGCUUGGUGAUUAAGAGCCAAGGCAUCUCCUUCACAGGCUGCAUGGCCCAGCUAUUCUUCUUCCUGGCACUGGCCUGCACAGAGUGCACUCUCUUGGCUGUCAUUGCCUAUGAUCGCUAUGUUGCUGUCUGUAAGCCCUUGCAUUACCCAGUAAUCAUGAACUGCAGUCUUUGUGUCCAUCUGUCUAUUGGCUCCUGGGUGAGUGGCUUCCUGAUUUCCGCAGGGAAGGUUUACUUCAUUUCACAUCAGACCUACUGUGGGCCCAACAUCAUCAACCACUUCUUCUGUGAUGUCUCCCCCUUACUGAAGCUAGCCUGCACCAACGCAUCACUAGCUGAGCUUAUGGAUUUCUUACUAGCCCUACUCAUCCUUCUGGUACCACUCACUGUGAUUGUUGCCUCAUAUGUGUGCAUCAUCUCUGCUGUCUUGGGCAUUCCCACAGCCCAGGGCCGUCACAAGGCCUUCUCUACCUGUGCAUCUCAUCUUUUAGUGGUUACAGUGUUCUACACAGCCUCCUUGUUUAUCUACACCAGGCCCCAGCCAAUUGAUUCCUUCAGCUCCAACAAACUGGUUUCUGUGAUAUACACUGUCUUAACACCGCUUGUCAACCCAAUCAUCUAUUGUCUGAGGAAUCAGGAAUUCAAGAUAGCUCUUAGGAAAACAACAUGCUGGAGAGACAUCUUGUCCUAGAAAGUUCAGGUGAAGGUUUGCAAGAAUUUUCUAUAUUUACUAUAAAAUUCCAUCAUAACUCUCGUUCCACUGUGUAACAGUAAUACGUAACAGGUUGUGAUAAAUUUACUGGUGUUCACCUCUGAGAUCUGAGAGAUUUGGAAGAUCCUGAAGAAAAAGCAGAGAGAAUCCAGAGGAAAGGCCAUCAUCUCACAUGAGGAAAGCAAGUGGCUAGGGGAACAGAGCCUAACAACUGGGCAAAACAGAAGGGGGGUCUCAGAAUCUGCUCCCAGUGUCUUUGCUCCCUAGUCCUGUAUAAGUGUUUGUUAGUCUCAGAAUUCUAUCCAGAGCUAAGGUCUCUAAGCUGACCAUAACUUUUUCUCUAUGUUUCCCCUAAAGGUCUGCUACUUAUAGAACCAUAGAAUCAUAUAAUAUAUAUAAUAGCCUUGAACACCUCUAGGGAAGGGGUAUUCAAAUUUCUGGGCAACCUGUUCCAGUACCUUACCACUCUCUGAAUAAAGAAUUCCCUCCUACUAUCUAAUAUAAAUCUCUCCUGUUUUAGUUUAAAAUCAUUCCCCCUUGCCUAAUCACUAUCUGCACAUGUAAAAUGUUGGUCUCCCUCCUGUUAAUAAGCUCCCCCUAAGUAUUGGAAGGCUGUGAUGAGGUCAUCCCAAAGCCUUCUCUUCUCCAGGAUGAACAAGCCCAGUUCCCUCAACCUUUCUAAGUAGGAGAGGAGCUCCAGCCCUCUGAUCAUCUUCAUGAACCCCUGGGCACACCACUAGAGACUGGCCUCCAGCUGGAUUUUGUGCCCCUGAUAACAAUCCUUGUAAGUCUGACAGUUUAGCCUGUGUUCUAUUCACUUCACUGUUCACUUACAUAAUCCACAGUUCAUGAAUUUAUCUAUUAGGAUAGUAUGGGACACCAUGUCAAAAACCUUGCUGAAGUCAAGGGAGAAAACACCUACUAUUCUCCACCUACUGAGGCAGUCUUUACGCUGUAGAAGUGUGGGGAUACAAGAAAGACUAUUCAGAGCAGAAGCUGCGGAGCAAGAUAAACGGCAUGAGAAAGCAACACUGAGAACCAAGGACACCUCCAGAAGAAGAGAAAAGCAAAAGGCACAUCUCAUGGCUCUGAUUGGAUAAGCGCAUGCAUGCACGGUUAAGGAGUGUUUGUGGAAUUUUGUUGACAUGUAAAGGCGGGUGGUAAAGUUACAAGAGAAAACUUGUGAAUGUAUAUAAGGGAUGUUAGAACCCGCAAUAAACGAUUUGGAUCGUUCAUAUCUGAGUCCGCACCUCAGCCGCUGCAAAUUGCGCCCACUGCGCGGUGCAAAUCCAGCCAAGGCUGAGCGAGCCCGUUCCGGCAGCGCCACCCAACGGAACUACGGAAAGGUUGUUUGGCGCGCACCCGAAUGUCUCUAUUACAGCGUACUACAGUGCUUUAGAGCAGUGCAGAAAAGAAGCAAUAUCACGGGGUGAUGCUGAUAUGUUGCAAGCCUUUCCUGUGAUGUAUUGUGCAAAUCAGCCCCCCCGGUGGAAAUUAUGUGCCUUAUGAGGCAGUGAAGGAGCUAAGGAGCUCAGUGAAAGAUUAUGGAAUUCAGUCUACCUUUACGUAUAAUCUUUUGGUUGCAAUCAGGGACAGCUAUGUUAUUACUAUGUUAUUACAUCACAAUUGGAAAAUUUUGUUACAAAUGAUUCUAUCUCCCAUGCAAUAUACUGUUUUUAUGACUGAGUACUGACAGGAGGCUACCGUCCAGACUAUGGAUAAUUUGGCUAACUUAAAUCAUAUUGGCAUGGAAGAGCUCAUGGGGGAAGGGGCUCGGGCAGCACCUCAAGCCCAGGCACAGAUGGACAGGCAAUGCUUUGAAAAUAGUCCAACAGUAUGCCAAUUGACAGUGGCAAAUGCAUUACAACCAGUACAAAAAGCUAGAUCUCAAAUCCCUAUUUAUCAUUACGUGAAUGAUAUAUUAACAGUAGUAGAACAAGAAGAGAGCCUCAUAGAUGCUAUACUGCUCAUCCAACAGGGAGUACAACCUGUCAGUUUACAAAUAGCUGAAGAAAAGGUGCAACUCAGCUCUCCAUGGAAAUACUUAGGAUGGAAAAUUACAUCUCAUACCAUUCAGCCACAAAUCCUCAAAAUAGUACCUCAUGUGCAGACAUUAAAUGAUCUGCAAAAAUUAUUAGGAGCCAUCAACUGGUUGUGACCACUCUUGGGUAUUACUACUCAAGAGCUGCACCCUUUAUUUCAGCUACUCAAAGGAGACCCAGAUCUAACCUCUAAAAGACAAUUAACACCAGAAGAGCUACAAUGCUUAGACUCUGCAAUGUCAUUGCAACAUAGAUAUAGCCAUUGUGUUUGUCUAUCAUUUCCAGUAUCUCUUAUAAUAAUAUCGAACUCUUAUUAACCAUACAGCUUGUUAUGUCAGUGGGAUACCUCAAGAAAAGAUCCUCAUCAUCCUUGAAUGGACAUUCUUAGCACAUACAUUUUCAAAACACAUUACAUCACAAGUGGAGAUGUUUGCAAUGCUAAUACAGUGAGGUCGACAUCAUCUACAAAUUUUACAAGCUCUUGACCCAGAUUGCAUCUACAUACCUGCUACUAGAAAAAAUUUAGAUUGGAUGCUUGCACAGUCGCACGCUUUACAAACUGCUAUGGCUGACCAUACUCGACAAAUCUCCACUCACCCCCCCAAACAUCAGUUACUGCAUAAUUUGAGUGAUCUGUCCCUUACUACAAAUGUUUCACUUUCACAUGUUCCAAUACCUAAUGCUGUUACUGUAUUUACAGAUGGCUCCAGCAAGACACACCGAGCAGUGGUUCUCUGGCGUGGGACUGCUACACGAUGGCAGUCAGACAUGCAUAUCGCCAACAGGUCACCUCAAGUUGUAGAACUUGCUGUGGUGGCUUGAGCUUUUCAAAUUUUUGCAGAACAAAAGCUUAAUAUAAUAACUGACUCUUUGUAAGUUACAGGUGUCAUUCAGCAGAUUGAAGGAUCUUUUCUUAAGGAAGUUAACAGCCUUGUUUGUGCCUUGUUUGCACAGCUCAAGCAAGUUUUGCAUUGUGUCUCUCACUGUAUUCCUUAUUUUACUAUGCAAUUUC